AAUGUUGAAUCCGUGAUGUUCUGUGAAGUUCAGAUUGAAAUGGCUGUCAUGGAGGCACUUCUGAAGUUUUCUAGCACCGGUACAUUACUGGGUGCUUUGCUGUUGUUACUGGUUAUUUAUCUGCUGUGUUCUGACUCCAAAUAUCAGAAAGAAGGUAAAGAACCACCCGGACCCAAACCACUUCCACUGCUGGGGAACCUGCUGAUGCUCGACCUUAAAAGACCCUUUGACAGUCUCUGUGAGCUGUCUAAAACUUACGGAAAUGUGUUUCAAGUGUUUUUUGGUCCCAAUAAAGUUGUGGUCUUGGCUGGAUACAAAACAGUUAAAGAAGCGCUUGUGAACCGAGCGGAAGAGUUUGGGGACCGUGAUAUUGCUCCCGCUUUUAAAUUACUUAGUGGAGGACAUGGGAUCCUGUUUGCCAAUGGAGAGAGCUGGAAAGAGAUGAGACGCUUCGCCCUCACUAACCUGCGGGAUUUCGGGAUGGGCACGAGAGGAAGUGAAGAGAAAAUCAUAGAGGAAAUUCAAUAUCUGAAAGAAGAGUUCCUGAAGUUUGAUGGAGAAGCCUUCGAUACAACUCAACCUGUGAACCACGCUGCAUCAAACAUCAUCUCAUCUAUUGUGUACGGCAACAGAUUUGAAUACACUGAUCCUCGAUUCAAAGAAAUGGUCAAAAUUGCGAACAAGACAGUACAGAUCGGUGGAUCAGCUUCCAUACGACUUUAUAACAUGUUUCCGUGGCUGGGCCCGUUCCUGAAAAACAAAAGGAUAUUUCUAAGAAAUGCUCUAAAAGCAAAAGAAGAAAUAACACCGUUGAUCACGAAGCUACAGGAGACUCUGAAUCCACUCGACAGCAGAGGACUUAUCGACUCCUUUCUCAUCCGCAAACAAAGCUACGAGAAAUCCGGCAAGGACUCACAUUUCCAUCUGGAGAAUCUUUUCACAACUGUGAUGAAUCUGUUUGCAGCUGGCACUGACACCACAGGAACAACUCUGAGAUGGGGUUUGAUGUUCAUGGCCAAAUAUCCUCAUAUCCAAGAUCGAGUUCAGGAGGAGAUUGACAGAGUGAUCGGUGGGCGUCAGCCGAUGCUGGACGACAGAAAGAAUCUGCCGUACACAGAUGCUGUGAUCCAUGAAACCCAGAGACUGGCGGAUAUAGCGCCUAUGAGUCUCCCCCACUCAACCAGCUGUGAUGUUCACUUCGAUGGAUAUUUCAUCAAGAAAGGUACCACUGUGGUUACUGUGUUGACGUCUGUAUUAAAGGAUGAAAGUGUUUGGGAGAAACCGCACAGCUUUUACCCAGAACACUUCCUUGAUGAAAAGGAACAGUUUGUCAAAAGAGAUGCUUUCAUGCCCUUUUCUGCAGGACGCAGGGGGUGUUUAGGAGAGAGUUUGGCCAGGAUGGAGAUCUUUCUCUUCUUCGCGUCUCUUGUUCAGAACUUUUGCUUCACUCCUCCUCCUGGAGUGUCUGGAGAUGAUCUGGAACUUAAAGGAAUCGUUGGAAUCACAUUGAAUCCGUACCCACACAAGCUGUGUGCCAUCAAACGCUCCUGAUCUAAAAGAAAACAUAAAGUACUUCAACUUGUUUAAAUAACAGACAGAAUCAUUUUAACAGUUAAUUUUGUAUUUAGUAAAAAAAGUAAAUUAUGGAAAAUAAGUCAUGUGCGAUCAAACUUGCGCUUUCAGUUCGCAUUUUGUUUGUUCAGAUAUUUUUGAUGCUGUAAAUGUAAUUCUAAAGAUGCGAACGAUCAAUUAAUGAAAUAAUUUGAUCAUGAAAAAAUCAAGCAGAUAUUUGAAGCAUUUUCUGCUGUUGGUGAAUUUGGUAAUAAAUAUUAAUAAUUAUAUCAAAAACACAUUUUAUGAAUGCAUUCAGAAUUUUGUCCCACCAGAAGACUGCAAAUAAUCUACACCUCUGCCUAUACAGACUUUAUUACUCACGCAUGUUUUGACUCGCAGAAUCUUUGCCAAAACAUAUAUAAAUAAAAUGAUAUGUUAUUCAUAGAAAUUAUAUACAAAUAUGUAAAAUAAUAGUACAUGGUCAUGCAGAACUCAACAACGACAUUCUGACGUCUGUCAUAACCUCUAAAUGUACAUACCACACUGCUUAUUCGGUUACUACAAGCAAUGUACGGUUAAAUUGCUGAGAUUUUACUUACAAGUUAAAGUACUGUUGUUUAAAAAGUAAUUGAUUAAAAGUAAAAACUAGUUACUCAUGUUGGAUUACAAAUUUUA